AUUAUUAUCGACGUUUUGUUGUUGUUUCUCGCGGCGCUUACCGGGUACUACGAAAAUCGCCUGAACUUUUCCCGAAAGCUCGUUAGUUUUCGAUUGAUUUUCACCCGAUUGUCCGUCACUCAACGUUACAAUGCUGGCCUUGGGUCCAAAGAAGGACGGUAGUCCUAACGUGAAGUUUUUCGAAUCGCCGGAAACGCUUAACAUGUUAGAGGGCGUAAAGACGUGGCUUAUGAAAAAUCACAAAAAGUAUCUUCAAGCCGAUCCACCAACCAACAAAACACUUGCUGCUCUGGUGUUGCAAUUGAUUCAAUUUCAGGAAGAUAACCUAGGCAAAAAUGUCAGUAAGCCACCACUCACUCGCCUGCCUAUGCGUUGUUUUAUGGAUUUCAAACCAGGUGGUGCUCUGUGCCAUUUGCUGGCUACUGUCUACAAGUUUAAGGUGGAACAGGGGUGGCGAAGAUUCGAUUUCCAGGUCAGUAAGAGUCCUUCUAGAAUGGACAGAAGCAUUGAAAUGUUUAUGAAUGUUGAAAAAGCUUUAAUUCAUGCCAAAUGUUUAUCCAUGCCAGUAAUUCUUAUUCAUCCUGAUGUUGAUAAGACUGUACAAAACCGCAUAAAGGAUAUUAUUAAAAGGCAUCAAGGAACACUUACAGAAAAUGAACAAGAAGCUACUCAUAUAUUAUUUCCAGUCGUCGACCCAUUAGAUGAAGAAUAUGCCCGACCCGUAUACAAAAAUAAAGAGCGCUGGAUACAAAUGCAUUGGUAUUAUUUCCCUGAUUCUCAUGAUUCAUGGGUUAAUACUGAAUUACCAGUUGAACCUCCUGAAAUAUUAUAUGGCAAUCAACAUCCUACUCCAUGGAGGGUUACUGCCUCUUGGGUCCUAGAUUUAGAUACAUACAAUGAAUGGAUGAAUGAAGAAGAUUAUGAAGUUGAUGAAACUGGCAAAAAGAAAAUCCAUAAAUUGCGAUUAUCUGUUGAAGACUUAAUGAGUAGUAAUGAUCCUUCAGUAGGAAAGAAAAAACCAAAACGUAAACGAACUCCAUCACCACCUCUAAAGCCUAAUAAACGUAAAAGUGGACGUGGAGGUUCUGUGAUGAAUGUAAAAAAAAAUAAAAUUGAUGAUGAUAGUGAUGAUCUUACUAGAGAUCUUGAAGACCCAGUAGCUGAACCAAAUAUUUCUGAAAUCAAUUUAAAUUUAUCUCAAGUAAAAACAGGAUCAUCUUCAUCAAAAAAAGAUAGUGAUUCUCAACCAAUAAGAAGUGGUACACUUAUGGAUUUAGAUGAAGAUUUAGAUAAAAGUGAAGAUAAUAAAAAUUAUGAUAAUAAUGCACAAGAUGGUACAAGUUGUCCUGCAUCUGGAGUAUCUAGUACUGGAGGUGCUUUAUCUAUAAUAAAAGAAGAAGUACCAGAAGAUAAUGCUACUGAACAAAUGCACCAUAUUGUUAUUCCAAGUUAUGCUGCUUGGUUUGAUUAUAAUUCUAUUCAUACAGUAGAGAAACGAGCCUUACCUGAGUUUUUCAAUAAUAAAAAUAAAUCUAAAACUCCUGAAAUAUACUUAGCAUAUCGAAAUUUUAUGAUAGACACUUAUAGACUUAAUCCAACUGAAUAUAUGACUAGUACAGCUGCUAGGCGUAAUUUAGCUGGUGAUGUUUGUGCAAUUAUGAGAGUACAUGCUUUUCUUGAACAAUGGGGUCUUAUUAACUAUCAAGUUGAUUCAGAUAGUAGACCAACUGCAAUGGGUCCUCCACCUACAUCUCAUUUUCAUAUAUUAUCUGAUACACCUUCUGGCUUGCAACCAGUUAAUCCACCUAGAACUCAACAGCCUUCAGCCGCUAAAACACUCUUGGAUUUAGAGAAAAAACCCUUGACAACUGAUAAAGAUGCUGCUCAUCACCCAGAACCACUAUCUAGUUUUGGACUUAAAUUAGAUCAGUAUGCUAAAAAACCUGGUUUGUUACGAAAUAAAACGGCUGCUGGAAUGACAAGAGAUUGGACGGAACAGGAAACUUUGUUGUUACUUGAAGGAUUAGAAAUGUAUAAAGAUGAUUGGAACAAAGUUUGUGAGCAUGUUGGCACCAGAACUCAAGAUGAAUGUAUUUUGCAUUUCCUUCGUUUACCAAUAGAAGAUCCUUAUCUUGAAGAUUUUGAAACUGGUGGUGCUUUAGGUCCUUUGUCUUACCAGCCAAUUCCAUUUAGUAAAUCUGGAAAUCCUAUUAUGUCUACUGUUGCUUUCUUAGCAUCUGUAGUGGAUCCUAGAGUUGCUGCUGCAGCAGCUAAAGCUGCCAUGGAGGAAUUUGCUGCAAUUAGAGAUGAAGUGCCUUCCGCUUUAAUGGAUGCACAUGUUAAAAACAUUGAAGCAGCAACUACUGAUGGAAAAUAUGAUCCAGCUGUUGGACUUUUACAAAGCGGUAUUGCUGGUACUUAUCCUGAAAAAGAAGAAGAAAAUGAAAAGGAAAAAAAGGAACCUGAAGAUGUCAAAGAUUCAACAUUAAAUGCAGAUAAUGACAAACUUGUUCGAACUGAUAAAGAAGGAAUAUCAGAAAAAGAUAAAGAACAACCAAUGGAUGUUGACAAAAAACCUUGUGAUGAAAUUACGGCCAGUACUCAAUCAACUACUGUUAAUCUUACUUCAGAAGAAGAACCUGAACGAAUAGUUAAGGAUUCUGAAGUACAAGCUGCUGCUGCAGCAGCUUUAGCUGCAGCUGCUGUUAAAGCAAAACAUUUAGCUGCUGUUGAAGAACGAAAAAUUAAAUCUCUGGUCGCCUUAUUAGUUGAGACUCAAAUGAAAAAACUAGAAAUAAAACUUAGACAUUUUGAAGAAUUAGAAACAACCAUGGAAAGGGAGCGUGAAGGUUUAGAAUAUCAGAGACAGCAGUUGAUUCAAGAGAGACAACAAUUUCACCUAGAACAAUUAAAGGCUGCUGAAUUUAAAGCUCGUCAACAAGCGCAUUUCAGACUACAAGCUGCUGGUGUACCUCCUCCAGUUCCUAAUCCUGAACAUGUAGCGCCUGCAUCCCCAGCACCACCUAUGGCUACAUAAAAUAUGCAUUUCCAGAAUUACAAAGCCUUAUAAUGUGAAUGUGGCUUAUUUGAAUUCUGGAUUAGUAGCAUAUUAAUUAUAUUCAGUUGAUGUUUUGUAAGUACUUUCGUAUUCACAUGUAAAUAUUUAACUAUUUAUAGAAUCUUAUUGUAAUUGUCAAUU